CAAGAAACGUCAAACUCGACAACAGUGCGUGUGAUACGAGGCUGAGGCUGGAGGAGGAGUAGGGGAAGCACAAAAAAGGGCUGAUAGGGGGAGAUUAAAGCUUUCGUGUCGCUGUGCAGCUUCUUUCUGGAAAGGAGGCGACGGGGGAACAUCUGAUCCUUCGUUCAAUUAAUAUGACUGGUUCUUGAAACCGAUAAACCAAGGAUAACUAUUCCUGCAAAAGUUGUUGUUGUGCUUCCCUGUGUCGUCGCGGCGGCGGUAGAAUAGUUUCAUUAAAACAGUUCUGCAGAUGGGUCAGGGUCUUUGGAGGGUCGCUCGGAACCAGCAGCUGCAGCAGGAGUACGGCGAACAGUGCUACCUCCAGCGGGAGCGCGGCAGGAGGAUGGCCGCCGCCGCCGCCGCUGACGCUGCCGCCACCGACAACCUCAACCACCGGCGGCACUGCCAGGGCAGCACGGACAUCUACCAGCUGCUCCGGGCUCGCAAGGGCAAGGAGGAGCGCGGCUUCAUCGACCUGGAGAUGCUCCCGCCGGAGCUGGGCAUCACCAUCCUCUCCUACCUGAACGCCACGGACCUGUGCCUGGCCUCCUGCGUGUGGCAGGAGCUGGGGAACGACGAGUACCUCUGGCAGGGGCUGUGCAAGUCCACUUGGGGUCACUGUUCCAUAUACAAUAGGAGACUUCCCUCUGGAUUCUCCUAUAGAAGGCUGUACAUGCAGCUCGAUGAAGGAAGUCUGACUUUCAACGCUAACCCACAGGAGGGUAUUGGCUACUUCAUGUCCAGGGGCAUCCUGGUUGACCACCCAAAGGAACUGGCCAAGUUUAUCUUCUACACCCGAACGCUCAACUGGAAGAUGUUGAGGAUUUACCUGGACGAAAGGAGGGACGUCCUGGACGAGCUGGUCACACUGCACAACUUCAGCAACCAGUUCCUCCCCAACGCGCUGCGGGAGUUCUUCAGGCACAUCCACGCCCCCGAGGAGCGCGGGGAGUACCUGGAGACCCUCAUCACCAAGUUCUCCCACCGCUUCUGCGCCUGCAACCCCGCCCUGGUCCGGGAGAUGGGCCUCAGUCCGGAUGCUGUGUACGUGCUGUGCUACUCCCUCAUCCUGCUGUCCAUCGAUCUGACCAGCCCGCACGUGAAAAACAAAAUGUCCAAGAGGGAGUUCAUCCGGAACACACGCCGCGCCGCCCAGAACAUCAGCGAGGACUUUGUGGGUCACCUCUACGACAACAUCUAUCUUAUCGGCCACGUGGCGGCCUAGCGCGGCCUAGCGUGCUCUCGACCGACGAGACGACAUCGGAAAACGGACGAUUCUGCGAACAGGCCCGGGGUUGGAACAUUAAACCGGUCGUUUUUGACCAAAGCUACUCGAGCGAUCACGUUGCCACGACUCACGCGGCGCACAGCACAGCUACCGGGGCGACGCUUGCACACAAACGCAGUCCAUAUCCAGAGCUAGCUAGCGCACAGGGCAACUGACUGUGAUCAAUUUGUAUUUACUACACAAAACUGUAGCUGCAUUCAGAUCAAUAUCCAAACAUAUGCUAAGAAAAGCAGGUAGAAAUUAAUAUUACAGCAACUGAUAUUAUCACGUAUGGUUCACAUAUACUUUUCUUUAAGUAAACACUACUAUUGUUUCUGUUUGUGGGUUUUCGCAUAUGCUUUUGUCCACAGAUUUUUAUGGUUUGAUUUUGAUGUCUUUAAUUUUUUUUUACCGAUUCUCCAUGACAAGCAAAGUUUAGUUGGUUAAUGAAGACUUGUGUUUUGUUUACCUUUCGUUUUACCUUCCGUGAUGAAGAAGCUCACUAAACCAUUAAAAUGAGAAGCAGUUGACUGCUGGUUUGCACAGGCAUAUUUUGAAUGUGUGUCUUUCCCAUUCCCAUCAUUGCAGAUCAGGUGACAUUUUUUGCAUUUGAAUGUGUGAUAUAUAUUUUUUUUUUCCUUGGGAUGAUGGACUAAUAACCCUAAAAUCUCUGAAGCUGUGGUUUCUAGCACACACUGAGGUGUCUUAAUGACAAUCCUUGUGUUUCUUUUCACUCUCCCAAAUUUCCCAGCUCAUUUCCCCUCCGUCUAACUCCCCCCUCCUUCCCUCCUCCUCCAUCUCCAUCUCCCACUUUCUCCUCCCUCUCUCUCUGCUUCUCUUCCCUUCUCUGACUCUCUCUCUCUGCCCACCCCCUCCCUCCCUACCUGUGUCCCCAUCCCUCUCUCUCCCUCUCUCGCUCUUUCUCCUCCAGUGCACUUAAAUAGUGGCUUUAUUUUAUGUAAGCCACAAACCAGCCACUCUGUGCAGAUAAUGUCACGAACGCUUUCUGUUUUACCCACUGUUUUGUCAGCCUUUUUGGUAAACAGGAUUUCACUCAGUCCAUUUUGCAUCAAAUGACCGAUUUAACCUGCGGACACAUAAAAAUUAAAAAAUCAGUAAGUUUUUUCCUUGUUACUUAGCUGUUGCAUAGGACUGAAGGACUCCUUAGUCACCAUGUGUGGAUCUUUUUCUUUUUUUUUUUCCUUGUUCCUCUGUGUUGCACAGUAAAGUGCCAAUAGUCAAAUAAGAAAAUUAGAAAACUGACAAGUGGAAUAGGAAAAUAUUGGCUUUGCAAUGAAUAAUUAAUUAAUGAAACCCUGACAAUUUUAUUUGCACAUCAUGUAUAUAGUUAAGUAUAGAGAUUUAUAAAGUAUAAUUUUAUUUUGAAGUAUUUUAUCAAAAGAUGUUGUUUUCUCUAUAAAUUGAGUGAAUUGUUUCUUUUUGCACUUCUAUGAUGUUUGUUAACAGAAAACAAUUAUUUGAGCACUCGACUGCAUUAAAAUGCUUUAUUUGGAAUUUGCAACCAUCAUUAAGAAUUAAUUUGUGAUUAUUAUCAUAUUUUAAAAGUGGUAAAGGAAAGUAAAUGCAGUUUGUCCUAAAAAUAUAAAGAACUGAAACCUAAUAAGUUUGAUUUGAUUUUGUUUUAUAACCUGCCUUUUGCAUAGGAUCAUUCAGAAUCCUCCAGGUAUGACAGAGAAGUCAGAAUUUUGUCUAACUGAUUUAAUUAAAACUAGUAACAAAAAAAGGGUAUGCGAAUGAUUAGUCUGAAUUAAAACACUGGAAAAAACCCAUCUAGAUUGUAAAAUAAAUUCAUUAAUAAAAUGAUGAGACAAAAGACCCCAGUGUGGUUA